UCUCAACUGUGUUCCAAACAUAAACACGCGACUUCCCAGCUCAGAUAAAAACCGUUUUCUAACCCACGAAGGUCGAAGCCAUGGCCUCUCAGCGAGCUACAACGCUAAAGGCGCACUUUGAUGGCUCCAAACAGGACCUGCGACCUAUCCUCACGUCUCUUAAUGGCGACAACUCAUGGCUCAUGUCCUUUCCCUGCCCUGCUGCCGAGCGCGCAAAGUUGGGCAAGGCCUACUACCACGUCGUAUCCGACGCUUGGCUAGCUGGUCCGGCUAUUGCCCUGUCACGGUGGCUCAUACAUCUUAGCCUACCCUCAAAUCCCAUCGCACGAGACGGGCCCGACGUCGAAAAGCUGGCGUGCGAGGUUGAAGAGGCCGCAGCAUCUGAUGACAUCGUCCCGGGCGAAAAUAAACCAAGCUCCUCCACUCUACACAUCGAUGCCAUUUUUGUCAAUUUCCACUAUCUUGACCAUUGCCACGAGGCCACACUGCGAACGUUCGACGCCAAGAUUCCUAUCUUCGCCACCGCGGAGGCGUCUGCGAUGGUGCAUGCGUGGAAGCACUUCGACACCAUCAUCACGACGCAUGAUCUCGACCCUGAAGGCGAAAGCGGAAGUUGGCGGGACUUGCAUCCAGGAGCGCCGUUGCCCGCAUGGUUGAGCGUCUUCCGGCUACUAGGUCACCACGAGCUCAAUUUCGCUACGGCGAUUGUGUGGUCAUCCGAUGCGGAUACUCACGAGGCCUUGUUGUACUCGCCACAUGGCAUCUGCGAGGACCAGGCUACGCUGCAAGCAUUCCUGGGGAAGAUGGACCCGUCAUUUUCAGUCUUGGCUAUCCUGCACGCCCUGAAGGAUAGCUUUUCUUGGGGCUGGAGAACUACGCUGGGGGUUUCUGGGGGCUUGGCUUUGGAAAGGAUGGCGAAGCCCAAGUACUGGGUCAAGACGCAUGAUGCGCCCUUGGCUUAUUGGGGUCUGAUCAUGCUGCGUGUCAUAGAUACUUUCCGGACGCUGGAGUCGGGGCUUGAAGAGGAGAAGGAUUUGAAGAGGGAUUUAGGGUUUGAUGGGUUGCCACGAAAACCGAACUUGAUUGAGGUUGAGAAUGGUGGCUGUUUUGUGUUGGAGUAAGAGACUACCUUUUACUAAAAUGCUGCAAUCAUAAUGAUGGAAACAGUUAUGAACAGUAACAAC